GCGGCGGCGGCGGCGGUGCCGGCGGCAGUGGCGAAGACUGUGGCUUUAAGAGCGCGCCGGGAGCGCCCGAUCCAGCCGAGCUGCCCUUCGCCGCCGCACACCUCGGAGCAGCCGAGCCUGGCGAGGGCCGGACCGGGCAGACUGCCGCCAGGCUUCUGAGAACCAGCUCUAGACCUCUGCUUGAGGAGCCUUCCUCUGAAGACAUCACCAGUGUGUGGAGCCUGCCCCACACCCACCCCCUGCCAAACCACGGCCUUUACCUGUGUCUUUCGGUGUUUCCCGUGUGACCCAUCCUGUGGGAGUGCCUCGUGGGCUGCCCCAGAGUUCACGCCACACUCAGCACCAAUGGUGAAGAUGACAAGAUCCAAGACUUUCCAGGCAUAUCUGCCCUCCUGCCACCGGACCUACAGCUGCAUUCACUGCAGAGCUCACUUGGCCAACCAUGAUGAACUCAUUUCCAAGUCGUUCCAGGGAAGUCAAGGACGAGCAUACCUCUUUAACUCAGUAGUUAAUGUGGGCUGUGGGCCUGCAGAAGAGCGAGUGUUGCUGACAGGGCUACAUGCAGUUGCAGACAUUUACUGUGAAAACUGCAAAACCACUUUGGGCUGGAAAUAUGAACACGCUUUCGAAAGCAGCCAGAAAUACAAAGAAGGCAAAUACAUCAUUGAGCUCGCACACAUGAUCAAGGACAAUGGCUGGGACUGACCCAACAGCACCUGCCAAUCCCGUGUCCAUGUAAGCACCAUCCAGCCGAAAUUCUGCCCGAGCGUGAGACAGUGACUGAACACUUGGUUCCACCCAUUUAAGGGCCUUGCCAUCUGGACAUCCUCCCACCCUGACACCAUCUUUUUUGGUGACUGGCCUCUAAAUCGCUGUCUCUCUGUCUCUUUGUAUCUGUUUGUGAGUUGAUCUUGCUUCUCUCUCUGUUCUAGUGUUGACUGAAAACAAAAUAAGGAAAAGAACAGAUCCUUGACUGCAAGGUGGCCCACCACCUUGUAAAGGGCCCCUAGCAUGUACAGGAGCGGCCUGGUGGCCCCUUGUCAGGAGAGCAAUGUCAUGUGGGCAUGAGGAAGAGGGAAAAGGGGGACUGCAGGGUCCUGGGGGUUGGGAAGGGGCAGGAGGGUGGAGGUAGGAACAAAAUUGUACUGCCCCUGGAGACUGGUAACAGGCUUGAAAUAACUGACUUGUCAAAAAGGACAAAGAAAAACAAAUACCUCAUGACUGCAUUCUCUAACCACACACUUCUGUCCUCACAUCAGAUGUGCCAGGAUGGACGAUGAGAACAAGUGGCCCUGAUUCUAGCUGACAGGGCAAGGGCCUGGUGCUCUGGGGCUGAGUUGGAGAAUGUCCUGGAAGAGGGGGUUAGGUAAAGCCUAAAUGGGUUUUGAUGACUCUAAUGUCCCCCUGGCUUCUGGGCAAUCACCUUUGCCUCCUUAGCCAUCAUAGGUGAGGGGAGAAAUAUCCCAUUUGGCCAGCAACCCAGUAAAAUCACUAACUGAGGAGCAUGGGGAUGGGGGUUGAGGAGGGCUGUAGCCUGGGAGCUCCUGGAGAAUGACUGAUGGAGAGGGAAAAAUAAAAGGCGAGAGCUAGUUAGCAAUUCUACAGGAGUAAUGUUGCUGGGGAAGAGAAUCUGCCAGAAAUUGUGUGGGGAACGGAUCUGAACCAGUACAGGUGGCCGAGUGCAUCUUUCCUCAUUGGAUAUGUAGCAGCUUCCAGCAGACCAACAAGUCUUUCUAGUGUUUCAGGGUUUUGCUCCAGUUCCAUUGUCAUAAGCUGGGAAACCAAACAUCUGAGAUUUUAAGAACUGGUUGGACCAUCCCUCAUGCCCUCUGUUCUUAGACCUGAAUGUCUUAUAUGGAGAGAAAUCUCUUGACAUUGUAGUCCAGCAGGGGGAGGGGUUACAAAUUCAAUAUCACCCACCACCCCUACCCAAGCUUCAUUGUGUUGGCGAUAGGAAGAACAAACCCCUGUAAGUCUCAUGAGAGGAAACAGAAUUUGUUAACAUUUAAUCAACACUGUGAGUCUGUUCUGCAGCAUUCAGCCAGUAUGUGGUGCAUGGCCGAGAGUCAUUUGAGUUCAUUUCAGAUCUUAGGCAGAAAAUAUUGGUAAAAUGUGUGUGUAUUUGAUAAUUCUCAGCAUCUCAUUCUCCAGCUAGGCUGAUCCUAUGGGAAAAUUCACCUCAAAAAAAGUCUAAUAAAAGAGCGAGUUCCUGGAGAUAAGAAUCUGUAAAGUUGAUUAACGAAGAUUAAAGCAGUCAACCCAGGACAUUUUCCAAACCCCAGCAGCAGGGCAGCCAAAUUCCCACAGGGAGCCGGCACCUGGUGGAUAUGCCUUUUUGUCCCCAUGUGCUGAUCUUGGGAUGGAAGACUUGAGACAGACAGGCACAGCCCUGCCCUGCUGGUGGUGAAGGCAGGAUGACGAGCCAGCGCAGCUCUGUGUUUAGCAGUAGAUUUCUACUCUCCUGGAAUACAGAAGUAUUCCUAGAUUCUGAAUUCUGUUCCUCAAGGCUUCUUGUCCAGGUCUUUCCAGUGCCCCCUAGCUCUGGAGAUUAAGUGGACCUCCCCACUGUACUGCAAGGCAGACUGAGACCCAGAAGCAUCUAGUUUUUGCUUCCAGAAAAACCAUCCUCUGGCACUCAGACCCAAGUUCUCAGCAACCAAUAUUUUUCAACUAUCACAUUCUUAAGCUGGACUUGCCAGCACAGAAGUCAUGCAUUGCCCCCUCUUAUCCUGCCUGAAGGAAGUGGCCUUCGUUUAUGGAUUUGAUUAGAUCCUUUGCUCAGGAAUUAUCCCAGCUAUGUUAAGAGUCCUUUUCAUAAAAUAAAUAAAGGAGGGGUGUGGUUAAACCUAGGUAGGUGUUUUUUCUUCAAAAUUAAAAUUGAUAUGUGGUGAUGUAUAGAACAUGGGAUGCCCUGGACUUGUCAUGGGGCAGAAAAGGAGACCAGUGUGCCACUAUUCUUCCUUAGGGGUGGGGUCCUUGGAUCAGAGCAAGCUCCAGUCAGACCCUGGUUCUGUUUUUUUCUUGAACGACUGUCCAUUGAGCAUCCAAUGGGUGUUGGACACUGUAGUUGGUGCAAGACAUCAGAGUGUUGGUUUUCCAUUAACUGCAUGUUGGCAGGGGGAUGUGAACCAAAACUCAUUAGGCUUCCCUUUGUGUCAAUGAAACCAGAAGUGCUUCUUAUAACCUUAGCUCCAUUCGUGGCUGGUCUACCUAACACCCAGCAGUAUUAGAGAGGCUGUGACCGAGUGACAGAGACACAUGAACUCAUGACCUCAGUCGCUUUGUUCUUUCAUUUCCUUGCCAAAUUUUUGACUCAGCAUAACCAAAGACCUCGUCCAUUCACCCCAUAUAGGUUCAGGGAGUUGGAGAUGGUUGGUGAACUUGGGCAGGGGAGUAGGGAAGGGAAAAGGUAGAAAGGGAAAGGCAUGAAGUUCUAUACCUCAGCCACCAGCUGCCUUCCUAUUGAAGUCCAGCUGGCUGACACUCAUUCCAUCUCCCUGUGCCACUGUAGGUCAUAGGGCUAUGGCCACCCUAGCGUACACCCAGCCCAGCCCACACCCACCCCCAGAAUAUUCAGCCCCAGGCUGCUGAUGGGUAGAGCGACAAGAAUCAAGUAUAGUCAGGCUUGAUGCCUGUAAUCUCAGCUGGGCCUGUCUGAGUACCACCCCAGCUCCUUUGAUAGUAAGAUUAUGUAGAUAAAAGAAAGUAAAUCUUAACUGGUAAAUCAAUAAGAUUUUCAAGUAUAUAUGUAUAUGUAUAAACAGUUGCUUGUGAAAUGUACUUUUGUAAAUAAUAUUUAAUUUUUUAAAUAAUAUAUUUGGUGCUGUUUUCUCAGAUCCCCUGAGAGCACUUUUAUUUUCAAUUCUAUGGUUUCCUCUACAUUUUUUGAAGUAUAUUUUAAGGGAAACAGUAAUCACCAGUAUUCUUUUUUUUUUUUUUUUUUAAGAUCUCUAUCACUUUAACAUGGAUUGAGGCUUUAAAGCAAUUCCUGUUUGCAUUUUUCCCACUGGAACAGAGUUUGUAGUAAAUUACCAGGUUGUGAACUGAAAUUUUCUUGCACCAGUAUUGGCUAGAAAAGAAAUAUAAAAUCAAUUAAGUUUAGUAGUGACAGCUUCAAGAGUAAUCACUGUAGCUGGAAGAACUUCCAACAAAUUGGAAUCUUGUUAAGGGUGUGCGUGUGUGUGAGCGCUCUGGAUUGUGCCUCCUCUUUUCUACUGGGGACACAGUUAACUGCAGUUUACACCUUGGGCACACACAGUUUUUCUUCUUUCUCUCUGGUUGUUUUCAUUUCUGAGUGGACCAACAGCGCAAAGCACGAGGCUUUUGUUUUCCAGAGCAUGAAGCUGUAGUCAGUUUUGUUCCUUUUCCUUUGUGUGCUCAGCUUUUACAGCCUUAAAGGAAAUGUGUUUGUAAAGAUCAAGCCUAAGUCUGCACUUCUGAUGUGAGCCAAUCAAUCACAGGUCCCCAGGCUCUGGUUAAUUUAGGAGCCACGUCAUGUUAAACGUUAACUGGUUCAGGUUAGAGGAACAUUAAUAACAUAAUACAUGUACCUUAUAGGUAAACAGCUUUUGUUUCUAAGGUCAGAUUGUUUCAGAUUCAGGAAGAGGCUGGCAAAUCACAUCUUGAAUACAAUCAGCUUUCAUAAUUCAAAAGAAUCUGCCUCAGUUGAGCAAGCAUAGUAUCCUGUAGGUAGAGCAAAAAAGAUGAUUAAUUUUUAAAUUACAGUAUAGUCAUGAAAUCUACUGACUGUAAAAGAUAAAUCUAAGAAGAAAGAAGUUGUUCUCUUUACACUUCUUUGUUGUUGUUGUUGUUUUUCUGCCCGUAUUUUUCCUGGAGCAUUUGGUGAAGGUGGGAAUGGGUUCUCUUUCCCCAACCUGCAGAGACUAUUGCAUACUACAGGUCUGUGUUUAUGCUUGUGUUUACAAACUGUAGUUUUUGGGUUUGGGAUUGUUUUUGUGUUCAUUUUCUUUGGUGGCAUUUUUCUAGGUCACUUUGCUUCGAUAACAAAGGCAAUUGUUUUUUUAAUAGUUUGUCUUCACCUCUUUCCGGUAUUUGUACAUAAUGAUUCAGUAUUAGAGAAAAGUGCAUUGUUUCUGUCAUAUUUCCGAUCUGUGUUGGUGCUCAUUUGAGAAAAUAAAGUUUUCAAAUAUUAA